AUGGCCGGGCGGACCGCGCGGCUGGUGCUGCUGGCUGGGGCAGCCGCACUAGCAAGCGGCUCCCAGGGCGACCGCGAGCCGGUGUACCGCGACUGCGUGCACCGGUGCGAGGAGCGGAACUGCUCAGGGGGCGCACUGAGGCACUUCCGCUCCCGCCAGCCAAUCUACAUGAGUCUAGCAGGCUGGACCUGUCAGGACGACUGUAAGUAUGAGUGUAUGUGGGUCACUGUUGGCCUCUACCUCAAGGAAGGUCACAAAGUGCCUCAGUUCCAUGGCAAGUGGCCCUUCUCCCGGUUCCUGUUCUUCCAAGAGCCAGCUUCUGCCAUGGCCUCUUUCCUCAACGGCUUGGCCAGCCUGGUGAUGCUCUGCCGCUACCAUACCUCCGUGCCAGCCUCCUCCCCCAUGUAUCCCACCUGCGUGGCCUUCGCCUGGGUCUCCCUCAAUGCUUGGUUCUGGUCCACAGUCUUCCACACCAAGGACACCGACCUCACAGAGAAAAUGGAUUACUUCUGUGCGUCCACCGUCAUCCUACACUCUGUCUAUCUGUGCUGCGUCAGGACCGUGGGGCUGCAGCACCCGGCUGUGGCCAGUGCCUUUCGGGCCCUCCUGCUGCUAAUGCUGACCGCGCAUGUCUCCUACCUGAGCCUCGUCCAUUUCGACUAUGGCUACAACCUGGCGGCCAAUGUGGCUAUUGGCCUGGUGAACGUGGUGUGGUGGCUGGCCUGGUGCCUGCGGAACCAGCGGCGGCUGCCUCACGUGCGCAAGUGCAUGGUGGUGGUCCUGCUGCUACAGGGGCUGUCCCUGCUUGAGCUGCUCGACUUCCCGCCUUUCUUCUGGGUCCUGGACGCCCACGCCAUCUGGCACAUCAGCACCAUCCCGGUCCACGUCCUGUUCUUCAGCUUUCUGGAAGAUGACAGCCUGUAUCUGCUGAAGGAAUCAGAAGCCAAGUUCAAGCUGGACUGA